GUGGGUCCACGACAUCAGAGGCGAGCGCUACAACUCUUUGGAACAUUGGAAGGAGUGGUGUGUUCCGUACACUGUGGCAUCGCUCUCACGUCGGUCUAUGCGCGGCCUCCGUCAGAACCUGGAGAAUUACUACCGCAUGUCGUUGCAGGACAUCGCAGAACAUUUAUGCACGCGCGCUUGGGUCACAGCGGAGCCGCACAGGGCUUUCUUCUUCAACACGCUCAACUCCAUCAGGAACCCUAGGCGCUACAGGAGAUUCCUGCGAUGGCAUUUCGACGACCUUAGUGAGCUGCGCCGACGGUUUCGACGCCUUCUCGGGAAUCGAGUUCCUCCAGAUCGUUCCUUUCCUGACCAAGUUGACGGCGACAUGGAGGACGAUCAGGCUCAGGAUCGAAUGCGCAUCUUCUGGGACUGGGUCAUACAAGCAAUUGGGGCCACUCAGGCUACCGAGAAGGAGGCGAAGGCUGACAAAGGAGAUGGUGCACAGUUUCGGGUGUACAUGCGUAAUAUGUCGACCUGGGGUACGUCGGCCAAGGCGCUGUUGAAGCGGUCCUACGACGCGGUCAUCAUCCAGGAGACCCACAUGGACAUGGCCGAAACCAAUGACGUCUUGUUGGAGUUUGAUAAAGCUGGUUACAAAAGUAUGGUGUGCCCAGCGGGUGCUGAGUCGGCUAUCUUCACGAAGAAAGCUGGUGGUGUCGCGAUGGGUGUCUCAAAGAAAUGGUCUUCUUGGUCACUCAGGCACUUGGCCUCCAACAAGGACGAGCUACCUGGUAAGCGAGCAGAUAAAGGCAAGAAGGACGUGGCGGCUCUUACCACUGGAGUUCGUUUUAAGGAUCUGGUCGGGAUGCAGGUGCUUUUGAAAGGUGCACAUCUCACGAUUAUCGGAGGCUACCUAUACAAUGGGUUGGGCAUCACGGGCGCCAACGUGGAGAAACUUAGACAUUUGGCCUCACUCGUUUCCUCUUUAUCGACACCUUGGGUCAUCUUAUGCGACUGGAACUUCCCUCCAGAUACCCUCCGCAAGGCCGGGUGGCUCAAUUUGGUCCAAGGCAAUAUCUUGGUGGCAGACAACGUGGACUACACGUACACUGGAGGGCAGGGAACGCUCCUAGACUAUGUUGUGGCCUCAGGGCCUGCCUUGGAGUACCUGGACCGCAUUCACGCCGACACGGAUCAUCGCUGGUCGGAACCGCCGUCGUACGUCACGGACUCCCACGCUUGGCUGCUUACCUCUGAUAGUGCUGGCAAGCUGGGCAUUGCCUUCGGUGAGUGGGUUGGCAAGGUUGAAGAGUUCUUCAGCCACCUGCUCGACGGUGAGGGUCUGGACAAAGACAGCAAGGAGAAAACGGCUUGGUGCAGGAAGCUGCGGCAGCUCAACAUCGCCACGAACGACACCAUCAGGCGCUACAAGGACGAGAGCAGCAAGAUUGCUGCCAGCUUGCAGCGGAUGGAAUGUUACUCCCAGUAUCUGGCCUUCUCCCAAUGGGCGGAGGAGCAGUACGUUGCAGCACCUGGGAAGCUGUUUCGACUUAUCAAGGACAAGGCCACCUCGAAGGAUGAGUUCGAGGAAGGCCAGGUAAUAUCGUCGGACCCCCUCACGGCGAUGGACAUUCGGGCUAAGGUGUGGAAGAAGAAGUGGAGCGACCAGCAGCUCGACAUCGGCCAGGUCACCAUACUCUUGGGACGUGCUAGGGCUCGCGCUCGUGAAGAUGCUUUCCCUCUCUUCGACUUGGAGACGCUGGAAGACGGCAUCCGAAGGAUGAAGGGCACUUCGGCGAAGGGCAUUGAGCAGUUGGGGAAGAGGGGCCUCAUCUGGCUGCCCGAGCAAGGUGAGCAGGAGCUGGUCCAACUUUUUCAACUUAUCGAACAGUCAGUGGCAUGGCCUUGGCAACUUACGGUGGUUCUGGUCACUCUUCUACGCAAGCCGAGCGGUGACGACAGGGCCAUUGGUAUAUUAUCGACCUUGGCGAGGCUCUGGUCGAGUUGUCGAGGCGAGUACCGUGCCAGCUGGACUAAGGCAAAGGCUGGGCAUUGGGAUGCAGCAGUGGCAGGUUCCUCAGCCUUGCGCGAGGCCUUAGCUCGCAGCUACCUGGACGAGACGGUCGCGCUCACCACGAUUAAAGAUUGGGUGCAGGCCAGCGUGCUGUGGGACAUUGAGGGGUUUUACGACGCUCUCAAGUGGCAGCUCUUACUGGAGACUGGUAUGGAGCACGAUUUUCCACCGUGCAUCUUGGCAUUGGAGAUGAUUUUACACAUGGGAGUGCGUUUCCUCCGUGACAGUGGUUAUUAUUCUGAUGCCAUCAUACCCGAGCAGGGCAUGAUAGCUGGACUCGGCGGCGCAGUGGAUUUCUCUCGCUGUUCUUUGUACAACAUCUUGGACAGAGUGGCGCAGGGGUCUCCUGGUGUUACGGUCAG